GGGCAUACGCCAUACGGCAGUCAAGAGUAUAUAGAGAAAAGAGACGGAGCGAUAAGAGCGAGUAGGGGAGAGCGAAACAUAGAGGGGGCCACAGAACAGAACAGCAGAGAGCAGCAGCAGGAGCAGCCCAUAACGUACACUAUAACACUAUACUCGCGCGAGCGAGAAAGAGAAGAAAAAGGGAGUUGACUCGCGGCUGUGGCGCGACUCCUCGGCGUAGAUUUCGCUGCUGCAUCGCAAUUCGCAUUGUGUGCUGCUGCAGUGUAGUACACUCGAUGAAAGUACGACGACGCGUUUUCUCUCCGUCCGCCGUCCGAUAAGCGAUCAGUGCAGUCUGCUUACAAACUCUAGUAAGCUGCGGAGUGCGCGCUGUUGUUCUCGCGGCUCUCCUGACGACAAUCCUCUCGCGGAAAAAGGUGAUAAGUGCGCACGACGACGACGACGACGACGAUGACGCUGGCCGCUGCCCUGCCGUCAUCAGCAGCAACGGCCGUCGACUGCUGCAGCAGCAGCGAGGGAUAGACAGCUACUACGGAUAUACGCAACACAUCAUCCGUACGAUCGUGCGUCCUCAAAGAGGCGUGGGUGCGAAGCUGCUCCGUUUUUCUUUUCGCACAUCUGCGCCUUUAUCGAGGGGAGAGAGAUAGAGCGAGGAGUAGGACAACAAAGGGCUGGCCCAGCGCCUUGAGACAUGGAAGCCGAUUAUCAGCCUGCGCUCAGUCCCGCGAAAGUUUUGACAGCCGUUAAUAAUGAAUCCGAGGACCCGUACCCAAGUCUGUCCGACUUCCACGACUACGAGCCAAAUUUGGAGUUCGACGACACGGAGCUCCAGGCGACCUCGACGGCCUCCGUGCAGCUUCUAGAGGAGAAACUUGACCUGACGGUGGGUGUGAUAGGCUCGGGCAUCGAGUAUUUGGAAAGUCCGGUGAGCGACGGCACCAUAGAGGAGAACUUUGAGAAGGAGCUCGUCGAUGCGCCCGUCAUCGAGACUGCGGACGACUUGGCCGCCCUGGACACGGAGCUCGCCGACGAGGAGGACUACCACGACAUAGCCCGGCUGGGCAUCGUCGAGGUGGUGGGGGACGACAGCGCCGGCCGCAAGGUCAUCGUCGUCUCGGCCUGCAAGCUACCGCCCGUUGGCAAGGAGGCGUUCAAUCACGCUAAACUGCUGCGCUACCUCACCCACACCCUCGACACCUUCGUCGAGCAGGACUACAGCCUCGUCUACUUCCACCAUGGGCUCACCUCCAAGAACAAGCCGCCGCUCUCCUGGCUCUGGCAGGCAUACAAGGCCUUCGACCGCAAGUACAAGAAGAACCUCAAGGCCCUCUACCUCGUGCACCCGACCAACUUCAUCCGGAUAGUCUGGCAGCUCUUCAAGCCGGCCAUCAGUGCUAAAUUUGGUCGGAAAAUGAUGUAUGUCAAUUAUUUAGAUGAAUUGGCUCAGUAUAUUAACCUUGACCAGUUGAUAAUUCCACAGCAAGUGAUAGAACAUGACGAACAACUAAUGUUGAAGAACAAGAAAAAUCUACCAACAAGUCCACCGCCGAGCUCAAUAGCGACUCCAGUUGGAACGACACAGUUUGGAGCGAGUCUUCAAUUCAUCAAAGAAAAUAACAGAGGAGACCCUAUACCGCCUAUAGUACGACAAUGUGUAGAGUUUCUUGAUACACCUGAUGCGUUGGAGACUGAAGGCAUAUUCAGAAGAUCCGCUAAUGUAGCGGUAGUCAAAGAACUUCAGAGCAAAUGUAAUCAAGGGUUACCUGUUGAUUUCCAAGGCGAUGCGCAUAUAGCAGCGGUUCUUUUAAAGACCUUUCUUCGGGAGCUAGAAGAACCGCUGAUGACGUACGAGCUGUAUGAUGAAAUCACACAGUUCCAAACUCUAUCGAAAGACGAACGUCCAAGAAGAGUUAAAAUCUUAAUACUUGAAAAACUACCCGAGGAUAAUUAUCAACUACUAAAAUACAUAGUUCAAUUCUUAUCUAGGGUAAUGGACAGGUGCGAUCUGAACAAGAUGACGUCCAGUAAUCUCGCUGUGGUUUUCGGUCCAAAUCUCGUGAGAGCGCCACCCUCGCGGGGUAUGUCCUUAUCAGCGAUCGGCCCAAUCAAUCAAUUCAUCGACUAUGUGUUCACCGACCAAGAUAAGAUAUUUAUAAUUUAAAAGUAAAUGUAUAGUUGCUUGUGAGUAAGGGCCUAACUGCGCUCCGAUUUAAGCCUUCUGUACAGACUUUACUGUGGCUCACUCGUAAUUUUUUUCAGUUCAUUGAAAACUGUUUCAAGCUCAAUUAUUUACAUUCGAUUGUUGAUAAGCCAUGAGAACUUUUUCGUUCCACUAUAAACAAGUUUAAUGAAAUGAAAAAAAUUAGUUUGGAGCUUCUUUAAACACGAAAGAAUCCUCUGUUGUACAACAUAGCAACAAUGAUGCCUCAAUGGAUAAAUAACGAGAUUGUUGGUACAAUUGUUAUAUUUAUAAAUGUCUUAUACCAGUGAUUACUAAUGAAGAAAAUCUAUUAGAUGUUUAUAUUUUUUAAUAACAUUUGUUAAUUUUUAAAUCUUUUCCAUUUAACGUUUAAAAUAUCUUUUUAAAACUCAUUUUAACACGAUAUUUUUAUCUACUUGCCGUAAAAAGAAGACAACUUAUAGUAUAUGAGCAAGAAAAAAUGGAAUCAUUUUGAAAAAGACAUAAUUUAUGCACAAUGUAGGUCGCUACUAUUGUCUUAAAAGUAUGGAAUUUAUCAAGUCCACAAAUUAGGUUGAGGCUGAAAACAUCGACGAGUCUUGGAGGUUUGUACAUUUACACGGAAAUUGACGACCGCAUACCAAAGAUAUAUGAAAAUGUCACACGAUUGUAUGUAAAAAGUAGUAUUAUUCAAAUGGUGUAAUUAAUUCUUCAUAGGUAUUACAUGUAAUGCAGGAUGAUUCCUCCAAGAUUUUAUUUACGCAGUAGAAAGACGCAGGUCUUUUUUGGCAUUUGGUUAUAGAUAAAUCUCUGAUCUUUUUUUCUUAUAUCUUUUCAUUUAAGAUCACAAUAUCAACAUUCCAUGUCAGUUUUACUAAGCUAAUAACCCGACUAAUUUAAUACAGUCCAGACUCAUAUGAAAUAUACAUAAGUCGAGUCAUUAACUUUUAUUAAAAUGAUCUAUUUAUCGAAGCAUCCUGUAAUAUAAAUAAUAACUUGUACAUAAUUCAACGGUGUAUAAAAUUAUAGUUUAUAAGGCGCCUAGAACUGAUUUUUAAUUAAAGAAAAGAAUAUAAGAGAAGAUACUUUAAUAUAAAAAUAGAUGAAUACGAAUAUGAUUAUGAAUCAUGCCGAGAUAUGUCUAUACGAAUACAGGAAAUGAUAAUCGAAGUUAUAUGAAUUUUUUCAAAAUAUUCUAUAUAUAUAUAUAUAUUAUAAAUUUUAAUGAUAGUAGGUUUAAACUAUUGUAAAACGUUUUUACUUACUUGGCCGGAGAAUUUGUCACAUUUUUUUAAUCCGAUUACACAUGAAUGUACGUUAACACCAAACACACUGAAGAUUAUAUAUGUUUAAAUUCAAUCACUUAAUCAUUGUACGCACCUAAUCAAGGCGAAUUACUAAUUGUAACAGUGCGUUGCCUCUGAAUCACUAGCCAUUCCUUUUGGUGAUCUAAAUAAAAAAAUUUGUAUAAAAAAAUGUAAGAUGUCAGAUUGUUUUACGGUGCAUAAAACGUGCACAAUAAAAAAACUUCACUGUUGAAACUACUUAUUUUUAACUGCCUGUACAAAAAGUAAUGGGUUGAUUAACUUAUGUAAAUGCUCUUUUUAAAACGUAUAUAUAUCUCGAAUUUUUGAACUAUAUAAAUAAAACAAAAAUACAAAUUAUAAUUAUAUAUUCAAGUAACUCUCCAGUGGAUUCGACUAUAUUUUGUAAAAAAAUCAUUAUAUUUUAGGAAGAUAUAUACUUUUUGUAUAGGUAGUCUGGUCUGCAUCAGAGUGAAUUGUGUCUAUAGCGUAGUUUGAUACAUGCACGACCCAUGUAUAUACCUGUGAUAGUUGCACACUGUAUCACCUCAAAAAUCCGCCAAUUCGGCAAUUAAAUAAGUAUACAUAACAGCAA